AAUAGUGAAUACUAGUCUACUCUAUACGGCAUACAAAACUUUGUUAAUUAGUUUUUGAAACGUAGUGAUUAUAUUCUCUUUGAGUUUAAUACAAAAAAAUACCAGUCCUAAAAUCUAGUACAUUAAUAGGAUAUAGGUCCUGGAAUCUGAAUUCUGUUACUUGUACUGAAUGGAGGACCCCCAAGAGUCUUCAGAACCUACUCGUGGAAUCAACGGAGAUUAUAAAAAUAUCGUUUAACACCCAGCGAAAAGAAAGACAUGGACAUGGAUAAUAAUUUAAAAGAAGCCCAAGAUAGAAGGUUACACAAUUUGAGCCCAGGUGGAAAUAAAGAUGGACCCAGGUUGGAGAGUGAAGAACUGCCCACAUCUGAGAGUAAUGAAGUGCUCGAAUUAAAGGGCGCAGAUGCAGAGGAGCUGGUGAAUACAUCCCAAACAGAGGAUGCAGAAACACCCAAGCUAGGAGAAGCAUCCCAGGCAGAGGAAACACCCAUGUUAGGGGCAGCAUCCCAGAUAGAAAAUACAGAAACACCCAGGGUAGUGGAAGCAGCGCAGGCAGAGGAUGCAGAAACACCUAAGAAAGAAGCGUCCCUGACAGAGAGUGCAGAAAUAGUCAGCCAGAGGGAAGUAUCCAAGGCAGAGGAUACAGAAACACCCAGGAUAGGAGAAGUAGCCCAAGCAGAAGAUUCAGAAACUCCAAGAGUUCGGGAAGCAUCCCAAGCAAAGGAUGCAGAAAUACUCAGGCUUGAAAAGGCAUCCCAAGCAAACGAUGCAGAAAACCCUAGGCUGAGGGAAGCAUCCCAGGCAGGGGAUACAGAGAAACCCAGGCUUGGAAAAGUAUCCCAAGUAAAAGAAUCAGAAAAACUUAGACCUGGGGAAGCAUCCCAAGAAAAGGAUACAGAAAUAACCAGACUUAGGGAGACAUCCCAAGUAAAGGAUGCAGAAACUUCCAGGCUAGGGGAAGCAACCCAGGCAGAGGUUACAGAAACACCCAGGUCAGGAGAAGUAUCCCAAACAGAAGGUACGGGAACCCCCAGCCUGGGGGACACCUCCCAAGCAAAGGAUUCAGAAAUACCUAGGCUAAGUGAAAAAUUGCAAACAGAAGAAACACCCAUUUUGGAGCAAGCGUCCCCAGCAGAGGAUGCAGAAACAUCCAUGCUUGAGGGUACAUCCCAGGCAGAAUAUGCAAAAACAUCCAUAAAGGGAGAAUUAUGCCAGACAAAAGAUGCUGAAAAGAAAAUAUGUGAUAAACUUGGAGUGAACAAUGACAAAAGAUGGCGUAAAAGGGCACAAGAAAAUCAUGCAGAUACAGAUUCUGAAAGAAAUUUUGGUCCGAGCAAUGCCAAACAAAAGACAAUGAGAAAUGGAUCUUUUCCUUCCCAGAAGAACUAUGCUUUCCUUCUGAAGGAAAUGUUAGAUAAACGUGAAUCAAAUCGUAAAUUCUUAGUUCAAUACUACCAUGCAAAAAUGGAUUUACUAAAUAGAUGUCAAAUAAGUGGGAAAAAUGCUGUUGAUUGUAUCAUAGAUGGAAUAGAAGACUUUAAUGUUAAACAAACCGUCAAAUUUGCAGAAUUUAAGGAACCAGAAAAUAUACUCUCUUUCUUUAAAACAAUAACACCUGCCAGUAAUAAAGAUAAAAAGCGUUGCUAUAAUUGUAAAGAAACGGGACAUAUUAUGCGCCAAUGUCCUAAGACCCAAGUUAAGUGUGCAAUAUGCGAAAAAGUUGGUCAUCGAACUUCAAAUUGUAUCACAGAUAAAACCUUUACUAUGGAAAUCGUAAAUGAAAAUCUGAUCCAUGAAAAUAAUAUUGAGGAUCAAGUUACCGAUUUAGUUGAUGUGCAUUAUAGUGAUAUUGAUAAUUAAACUAAUUAAUUUAUAUUAAACUAGAUUAUGCCCGCGACUUCGUCCGCAUGGAUUUAUGUUUUUAAGAAUCUCACAAGAACUCUUUGAUUUUCCAGGAUAAAAAGAAGCCUAUGUCCUUCCUCGGGAUGCAAACUAUCUCUGUACUAAACGUCAAAAUGGGUUAAACAGAAGCAAGCAGUCAGACAGACAGAUAGACACACUUUCGCAUUUAUAAUAUUACUAGCUGAUGCCCGCCUAUUCGAUGUGGAUUUACGAGUACCUAUACGAGUAGGUUUUUAGAAAUCCCGUGGGAACUCUUCGAGUUUCCGGGAUAAGAAGUAGCGUAUGUGCUAAUCCACUAAUUAAAUCUAAUCCACUAAUUAAAGCGUAUGUGCUAA